AAGAUCAUGCAGGGCGAUGGCAACCUGCUCGGGUGUUGUUUGACAACGGCUCACAUGCAUCCUUCGUGACAGAGGCCUGUAUUCAACGCCUCCGUCUACAAAGGAAACCUUCGGCAGCUCAUGUCACAGGUAUUGGUUCAACAGAUGGCGGUAAAGUUAAGGGUGAGACUAUUCUUUCACUUGCGCCCCGAUCUCUUGACCAGCAUUUCACAAUCAACUCGCUUAUUUUAUCGAAGAUUACAAACGAUCUUCCCAGCGUUUGUGUACAGAUGUCGUCUUGGCCGCACUUACGAAAUCCCGCUCUUGCUGAUCAGCAUUAUGCCAAACCUGGUCCUAUUGAUGUGUUAAUAGGGAUGGAUGAGAUGGAUAAAUUCCUGUUAACCGGUCUCUGCAAAGGGCCACCUGACACACCCAUGGCGCAAAACACAGUUUUCGGUUGGGUACUUUUCGGAAAGGCCAUGCGUUCAUCCAGCCCAAGUGCGGGAGUUUUAUCCCUGCACUGUGAUGUGCAACUCAUCCGAAUGGUGAGUAAGUUUUGGGAGCUCGAAGAGUUUCCCCCCAAGCGAUACUUAACUGUCGAAGAGGAGGCUUGUGAAGGGCAUUUUCGCAAGCAUUGUCGCCGCGCUGAAGACGGGCGUUACAUCGUACGCCUACCGUUAAAGGAAUCCGUGCCUUUAGGUGAGUCGAGAAACAUAUCCGUAAGAAGUCUGCUAAGAAUGGAAAAACGUUUCGCUGUUGAUGAGGAGCUACGCCGUCAAUACGCAGAAUUUAUGCAGGAGCUUUUAAAUAUGGGCCACAUGGAGCUCGUAGGCAACGCUCAACCGCAUAAAAGUUACUACAUGCCACACCACGCUGUAGUAAAGAACACCAGCUCCACCACUAAACUGAGAGUGGUGUUCAACGCCUCAUGUAAAACCACAUCCGGUUUCUCGCUCAACGAUGCACUAAUGAUAGGCCCGCAAUUACAAGAGGAUCUGUUUUCUAUAAUGGUGCGGUUCCGGACUCAUCGUUACGCAAUAAUGGCCGAUGUCGAAAAAAUGUAUCGACAGGUAUACGUGGCAGAACAAGAUGUGGACUACCAACGCAUAGUUUGGCGUGACGACCCAACCGAACCUAUCCGGGACUAUCGCAUGCUUCGUGUAACCUACGGCGUCGCCGCAGCUUCCCACUUGGCCGUACGAUCUCUGCACCAAUCCGCUUUGGAUGCCAUCGAAACGCACAAAGAAGCAACUGUUGUCAUCAUGCGCGACUUCUACAUGGAUGAUCUUCUCACAGGCUCAUUUUCUGUCGACAACCUUAUGAAGCUACGAAAUGACGUUACCAUAGUUCUGUCUAACGCUGGCUUCGAAUUACGGAAGUGGGCUACAAAUUGCGACGAGCUUAGGGAGAAAAUACCGCAUGCGUCAAAGCAAAUUUCACAUCUGUUAGCUGACGGCGAUGAAGUACGCACCCUAGGAAUCAUUUGGAACACAAGCGACGAUUGUUUAUCGAUUGCAGUGAAUUUGACCCCACUGCCUGCAAUUCUCACGAAAAGAGUUUUUCUCUCAGAUUCGAGUAAAGUUUUCGACCCACUCGGGCUAAUCGCGCCGUGCACUAUACUCUCGAAAAUUUGGCUCCAGCGAAUCUGGCGAGCGGACGUUGAUUGGGAUGAACCGGUGCCCGCCGAUGUCGCUGAAGAGUGGCUCUCUCACCGUCAGCAACUACCUAAACUCACGGCUCUUAAGCUAAAUCGUUGGAUUGGUACCAGUGAAAUCGUCGAGCAUGCUGAAUACCACGUUUUCACGGAUGCAUCUCAACGUGCCUACGCUGCGGUACUCUACUGCCGCACGCAACUACCCGAUGGAACUUUUAAGGUCGUUCCAGUCGCCGCGCGCGCGAAGCGCAUUUAGGCGCCAAGCUUGUCAAGCAGGUUCAGUUGAGUUUCGGUUGCAAUAUGAAAAAUUUAUACGCGUG